GCCUUGAGCCGUCCCUCGUCCUCCUCUCAGGCUCCCUCUUGUCCACGGUGGGCGGGCGCCGAGCUGCUGAUGUGUCCCUAGCAUAACCUGGCCCCAUUCCUUUGCAUCUAGAUGCCUUUGGACAAGGCUAUGCCACUGAAGCAUUAUCUCCUUUUGCUGGUGGGCUGCCAAGCCUGGGGUGCAGGGUUGGCCUACCAUGGCUGCCCUAGCGAGUGUACCUGCUCCAGGGCCUCCCAGGUGGAGUGCACCGGGGCACGCAUUGUGGCAGUGCCCACCCCUCUGCCCUGGAACGCCAUGAGCCUGCAGAUCCUCAACACGCACAUCACUGAACUCAAUGAGUCCCCGUUCCUCAAUAUCUCAGCCCUCAUCGCCCUGAGGAUUGAGAAGAAUGAGCUGUCGCGCAUCAUGCCUGGGGCCUUCCGAAACCUGGGCUCGCUGCGCUAUCUCAGCCUCGCCAACAACAAGCUGCAGGUUCUGCCCAUCGGCCUCUUCCAGGGCCUGGACAGCCUCGAGUCUCUCCUUCUGUCCAGUAACCAGCUGGUGCAGAUCCAGCCGGCCCACUUCUCCCAGUGCAGCAACCUCAAGGAGCUGCAGUUGCAUGGCAACCACCUGGAAUACAUCCCUGACGGAGCCUUCGACCACCUGGUAGGACUCACGAAGCUCAAUCUGGGCAAGAAUAGCCUCACCCACAUCUCACCCAGGGUCUUCCAGCACCUGGGCAACCUCCAGGUCCUCCGGCUGUAUGAGAACAGGCUCACGGAUAUCCCCAUGGGCACUUUUGAUGGGCUUGUUAACCUGCAGGAACUGGCUCUGCAGCAGAACCAGAUUGGACUGCUCUCCCCUGGUCUCUUCCACAACAACCACAACCUCCAGAGACUCUACCUGUCCAACAACCACAUCUCCCAGCUGCCACCCAGCAUCUUCAUGCAGCUGCCCCAGCUCAACCGUCUUACUCUCUUUGGGAAUUCCCUGAAGGAGCUCUCUCCGGGGAUCUUCGGGCCCAUGCCCAACCUGCGGGAGCUUUGGCUCUAUGACAACCACAUCUCUUCUCUACCCGACAAUGUCUUCAGCAACCUCCGCCAGUUGCAGGUCCUGAUUCUUAGCCGCAAUCAGAUCAGCUUCAUCUCCCCGGGUGCCUUCAACGGGCUAACGGAGCUUCGGGAGCUGUCCCUCCACACCAACGCGCUGCAGGACCUGGACGGGAAUGUCUUCCGCAUGUUGGCCAACCUGCAGAACAUCUCCCUGCAGAACAACCGCCUCAGACAGCUCCCAGGGAAUAUCUUCGCCAACGUCAAUGGCCUCAUGGCCAUCCAGCUGCAGAACAACCAGCUGGAGAACUUGCCCCUCGGCAUCUUCGAUCACCUGGGGAAACUGUGUGAGCUGCGGCUGUAUGACAAUCCCUGGAGGUGUGACUCAGACAUCCUUCCACUCCGCAACUGGCUCCUGCUCAACCAGCCUAGGUUAGGGACGGACACUGUACCUGUGUGUUUCAGCCCAGCCAAUGUCCGAGGCCAGUCCCUCAUUAUCAUCAAUGUCAACAUUGCUGUUCCAAGUGUCCAUGUCCCCGAGGUGCCUAGUUACCCAGAAACACCAUGGUACCCAGACACACCCAGUUACUCUGACACCACAUCCGUCUCUUCUACCACUGAGCUAACCAGCCCUGUGGAAGACUACACUGAUCUGACUACCAUUCAGGUCACUGAUGACCGCAGCGUCUGGGGCAUGACCCAGGCCCAGAGCGGGCUGGCCAUUGCCGCCAUUGUAAUUGGCAUUGUCGCCCUGGUCUGCUCCCUGGCUGCCUGCAUUGGCUGUUGCUGCUGCAAGAAGAGGAGCCAAGCCGUCCUGAUGCAGAUGAAGGCACCCAAUGAGUGUUAAAGAGGCAGGCUGGAGCAGGGCUGGGGAAUGAUGGGACUGGAGGACCUGGGAAUUUCAUCUUUCUGCCUCCACCCCUGGGUCCAUGGAGCUUUCCCGUGAUUGCUCUUUCUGGCCCUAGAGAAAGGUGUGCCUACCUCUUCCUGACCUGCCUGAUUCUCCCCUAGAGAAGCAGGUCGUGCCGGACCUUCCUACAAUCAGGAAGAUAGAUCCAACUGGCCAUGGCAAAAGCCCUGGGGAUUUCCGAUUCAUACCCCUGGGCUUCCUUCAAGAGGGCUCUUCCUCCAAAUCCUCCCCACCUGUCCUCCAAGAACAGCCUUCCCUGUGCCCAGGCCCCUCCGGGCCUCUGUAGACUCAGUUAGUCCACAGCCUGCUCACUUCGUGGGAAUAGUUCUCCGCUGAGAUAGCCCCUCUCGCCUAAGUAUUAUGUAAGUUGAUUUCCCUUCUUUUGUUUCUCUUGUUUGUGCUACGGCUUGACCCAGCAUGUCCCCUCAAAUGAAAGUUCUCCCCUUGAUUUUCUGCUCCUGAAGGCAGGGUGCGUUCUCUCCUCAAAGAAGACUUCAAACCAUUUAACUGGUUUCUUAAGAGCCGUCAAUCAGCCUGGUUUUGGGGAUGCUAUGAAAGAGAGAAGGAAAAUCAUGCCGCUCAGUUCCUGGAGACAGAAGAGCCGUCAUCAGCGUCUCACUUGUGAUUUUUAUCUGGAAAAGGAAGAAAGACCCCAGCACAGCAAGCUCAGCCUUUUAGAGAAGGAUAUUUCCAAACUGCAAACUUUGCUUUGAAAAGUUUAGCCCUUUAAGGAAUGAAAUCAUGUAGAAUUUUGGACUUCUAAAAACAUUAAAAUCAGCUUAUUAAUAUGGGAUAGAGAAAGAAAUCUGGUGCCUGGGGGUCCUUGUGUUCACCCCUAGAGUUUGUUUUAAAAUUUUUAAUUGAAGCAUAGGAAGUGUACGUGCAGAAAAGUGGGAACAUGAUAGUGUAUGGCUUGGUGGAUUUUCACAAACUGAACAUACCUGUGUAAUCAGCAUCUAGACCCAGACCCAGAGCAUCACAAAUAUCCCCCAUCCUGGGCUUUUCCCAGAGGAGAUGGGGGCUUCUGAAGAUGGACUUACCUGGGACCUGCCCCCCAUGAG